AUGGUUUUACUUGGUCUUUUGUUACAAAUCAUCCUCAUUAUGUUUGGUUCUCAGCGAAAAUAUAGAAGAAGAAUUUGGAUAAAUGUCCUUGUUUGGUUGGCAUACUUGACUGCGGACUGGGUGGCAACAGUUGCCCUCGGCAUCCUUGCUCGUAGCCGAGGACAUUCCGAAGAUAAUUCUUUGCAAUCAAACAAUGUACUUCAGGCAUUCUGGGCACCAUUCCUUCUCUUGCACCUUGGUGGUCCAGAUACCAUCACAGCUUACUCUUUAGAAGACAAUGAGUUGUGGUUAAGGCACUUACUUGGAUUUGUGAUCCAAGUUGGGGUAGCAUUUUAUAUUCUCGUACGAUGCUACUGGGACAACAAUACAACUUUUAUAUUCCUAGCCAUUCCAGUAUUUGUCAUUGGAGUAAUCAAGUAUGGAGAGAGAACUUUGGUGUUCUGGUCUUCAAGCGCCAAGCAACUUAAAGAUUCUUUGCGUUCACCUACUAUUGAAAUCGACAAAGAUUAUGAUGAAAUCGUGGAACGAAUUGUCGAAGGAGAGUUGUCAAAGACAAAGGAAUCAACGACAAUACAAGCUGUAUCAAAUGAUGAAAGCAUUAAGCCAAAGGAUUAUUAUAUUGUUGAGGCCAGUAUGUUAUUUCGGAGAUUAAGGUGUCUCUUUGCAGAUUUGGUUCUCAAUCAUGAUGACAGAACAGAGAGCUACUCCCUCAUUCACAAUAAGCCACAAAAAGAUGCCUUCAAAUUGGUGGCUGUUGAGUUUGGAUUCAUGUAUGAUGUGCUCUACACUAAGGCAACCACAAUUUAUUCCAGAUUAGGAAUUUUUCUUCGUUGCUUCUGCUUCUUCUCCCAUGUUUCUGUAUCAAUUGUCUUCUUAUUUGCUGUCGAUAAGCAUGCCUAUUCACCAAUUGACAUCUCCAUAACUUAUGUACUCCUGCUUGGUGCUGUUUUUCUGGACCUUUAUGCAUUCAUCGUGCUUCUGUUAUCUGACUGGACAAAACUUUGGUUGACCAAGCAUAAUUUUAAUUGCCAUUGUUUACUUUUGAACAACAGCAAGAGGUGGUCAGAGUCAAUGGGUCAGUACAACCUAUUAAGUUUGUGUCUAAAAGACAUCUCAUCCAAAACUGUUAGAGCUUGCAAGUUAUUUGGCAUCAAUGAAAUAUUACAGAAAUACCAGUAUUUGACUUGGGAGGAUGUGAAUGUCGACCUACAAGAAAUGAUUUUUGAGAAGGUCCGAGAGAAUAGUAAGAAAAUUGAAGGUGGUCUUUUUAAUAUCAAGCUAUGCAAAGAAUUGUUGGCUCAGAGAGGUGAUUAUGCGCUUCGCCAAAACUCUUGUUUUAAUGAAUUUGGCUGGAGUACGAUUGAGGUAGAAUUUGAUCAUAGCAUUCUUCUUUGGCACAUUGCGACCGAUAUUCUUUAUUAUGUUGACUAUGGUGACAAUACAGAUGAUAAUAGAAUUCCGAUAGGCUGUAAAAUAAGCAAGCGGUUAUCAGAUUAUAUGUUGUAUCUUUUAGUCAUAUGUCCAACCAUGUUACCCAAAGGGAUUGGUGAGAUAAGGUAUAGGGAAACUUGUGGAGGGGCCAAGAGAUUUUUCGGAAGAAAAAGGAAGCGGCAAAGUAUUUCAAGAAAUGAGGCCUGCCAAAUGUUGCUUGAAGUGAAUACUGAUGGUUCACUACUGGAAGAUAGUAAGGAGCAUAUUAAGGGGGGUCGAAGUCUAUCUGUGCUAUUUUACGGGUGCGAACUAGCCAAGCAAUUGCAGGAAUUGAAGUCCGGACAAUAUGGUUGGAGUCAUGAACAAGUAUGGAAGAUGGUAAGUGAAGUAUGGAUAGAAAUGUUGACAUAUGCUGCAAGUCAUGGUGGGUGGAAAGAGCAUGGGCAACAACUUAUUAAAGGCGGAGAGUUGCUUAGUCAUGUACGUCUUUUAAUGACACAUUUUGGCUUAAGUGAUCAAUAUCAAAUCCAGAAGGAAAGUGUGGACGAUCCAGAAGGAAAGCAUGGGCGAGUAUAUGAGGCGAGCCGUGGGCGAGUAUAUAAGCCGAGCGGUGGGAGAGUGGUGGGUGACCGGUUUCCCUUGGUUUAG